GUGAUUGUGUGUGGCGUGGCCCUGGUGGCAGUUUUUCUCUUUCUCUUUUGGAAGCUGUGCUGGAUGCCCUGGAGAAGCAAGGAGGCCCCCAGCCCCUCUUCUGCUAACCCCAACUUGGAGGCCCUCCAGAGCCCCAGCUCCAGAGGCAACAUGGCGGACAAGCUGAAAGACCCCAGCACGCUGGGCUUCCUGGAGGCUGCGGUCAAGAUCAGCCACACCUCCCCCGACAUUCCCGCCGAGGUGCAGAUGUCGGUCAAGGAGCACAUCAUGCGGCACACGAGGCUGCAGCGGCAGACCACAGAGCCGGCCUCGUCCACCAGGCACACCUCCUUCAAGCGCCACCUGCCGCGACAGAUGCACGUCUCCAGCGUUGACUAUGGCAACGAGAUGCCGCCCGCGGCCGAGCAGCCCACCAGCAUUGGCCGCAUCAAGCCUGAGCUCUACAAGCAGAAGUCGGUGGACGGAGACGAAGCCCAGUCCGAGGCGGCCAAGAGCUGCGGGAAGAUCAACUGCAGCCUCCGCUAUGACUACGAGCGCGAGACCCUGAUCGUGCGCAUCCUGAAGGCCUUCGACCUUCCUGCCAAGGACUUCUGCGGCAGCUCCGACCCCUACGUCAAGAUCUACCUCCUGCCCGACCGCAAGUGCAAGCUGCAGACACGGGUGCACCGCAAGACCCUGAACCCCACCUUCGACGAGGACUUCCACUUCCCCGUGCCCUACGAGGAGCUGGCUGACCGCAAGCUGCACCUCAGUGUCUUCGACUUCGACCGCUUCUCUCGCCAUGACAUGAUCGGGGAGGUCAUCCUGGACAACCUCUUCGAGGCCUCCGACCUGUCCCGAGAGACCUCCAUCUGGAAGGACAUCCAGUACGCCACCAGUGAAAGUGUGGACUUGGGAGAGAUCAUGUUCUCCCUCUGCUACCUGCCCACAGCAGGCCGGCUUACCCUCACGGUGAUCAAAUGUCGGAACCUCAAGGCGAUGGACAUCACAGGUUACUCAGAUCCCUACGUCAAAGUGUCCCUGCUUUGCGAUGGGCGGAGGCUGAAGAAGAAGAAAACCACUAUAAAGAAGAACACCCUCAACCCCGUCUACAAUGAGGCCGUCAUCUUUGACAUCCCCCCGGAGAACAUGGAUCAAGUCAGUCUGCUCAUCUCCGUCAUGGACUAUGAUCGUGUGGGCCACAAUGAGAUCAUCGGCGUCUGCCGCGUGGGCAUCAAUGCAGAAGGCCUGGGCAGGGACCACUGGAAUGAGAUGCUGGCCUACCCUCGGAAGCCCAUCGCACACUGGCACUCCUUGGUGGAGGUAAAGAAGUCCUUCAAAGAGUGGCAGGGCCGAGCUGCCAGCUUCGACAGCGAGAGCUCGUGCCCGUCUCCGAAGCCACCUGCCACACCGUGAGCGGCCGGCCGAGUGACACAGCGGCACUCCGCAGCGUUCUUUUUGCACUUGUCCAGCAGUGGAAACACAGCGUUGUGCAGUCGCAGCGGCAGCCAGCCUCUCCCUCCAGACUCCGCCCUGCCGCGUGUCGGCCAAGGCCGAGACGCUCGUCUUGUGAUCAGACCUGUCUUCGUCUUUUCUGUCUCCUAAGGUUUUUAUCUGUCUUUGUGGUUUUUCACUUUGCGUGGACCAGAGAAGAAGGGGGGGGGGUGGGACACAAGUCGGGGAAGACGCAGGGCGGAGAGCCCCCCGUUGGUCCUAUAAAUUACACUGUAAAAUAGCAGUCUCUUCUGUGGAGCUGGAUCGAGUUUCUGACAUUUUGUGUUGCCACCGAGUCCCCCAACCCUGGGGAAGGCGGACGCGGGCCAGAGCUGUGCCUGCAUUUUCAACGUCCUGCGGAAAUGGUGCAAAUCCAAGAGCAUGACCCGGCUCAUCAUGACUCUUUGAAGCUGGUGUGACAUCAACCGAGAGGGGGACUCGGGGCGCGUGUUGGGAUCACAAGUCUGUGGUGUUGGGGAACCUUCAGCCCGGCCAGGGGGCAGGGUACCUGACUCUCCCUCCUCCUUUGCCUUCUCGUGAGUCCUCACGGGAACACCGUCACUUUCUCUAGGAAUGACUUGGCAGAAACGAAACAGGCCAUAUGCUCUUUGGCGGCUCCACAGUUAACGAUCACAUUUGUUUGAACACAGAAUCUUUGUUCUCGCAAGUCGCCUCCAUUGGAGAGAGAGGAGACACGUGCUCGUUCCAGAAUGGGUUCUACAUGAUACAUAGCUUUAGAAUUCCACAAAGUAUCAAGCAGCUGUUUAAAGGGCCUCAACAGAUCAAAGAAAAACCUAGAUAAAAUGUUUUUUUCUGAACGGGUUGUUCUGAAAUCCAAGUACCUGCGCUGGGGACCCUCUUGCUCCGAAGGGCAACUUCUUGAUUGAAACUGAGUCGGCAUAAGCCAAGUUCACCCCCCACUGACUCUGGGGCAGUAUUCAUCUUAAACUUUAGUUUUAUAAAUGACUAAGGACUUCUGUGUUGUUGUUGUUUUUCUUUUCAGUGUUAGCGAGGGUUUGUGGGGGUUUUUGUUGUUGUUGUUACUGCUGUUUCUCUUUAGAUCUCUACUUUAGGUCAAAUUCUGUUUAGGAAGCAAAUUGUUUAAAUGAUUCCAUAUUGUAAUAGCACUUCUCUUGAGUUAAUGGUGGCUUUCCCCUCUAUGCCUGAUAGCUGGGUUGAUUGACUCAUCUCACUCUGUAGCUGUAGCUCUGGUGAACACGUGGAGGGGAGUGCCCACGUCAACGUGUUACGAUCAACACCACUCUCUAGAACUGUGCGUAUGACGUACAAGAGGCAAGUCUGCUGGGGAACCCUUUCUUUCACCACCGGAAGGUCCAGAACCUAAAAGCUAUUCAAAACCUAAAAGCUAUUCCCCACCCUUGUGUCUUAUUCUUUCUCUAUGUCACAUGCUACAGGAGCAGCCGCUCAAUAAAGUAACCCUCAUUUUAAGCUAAAUUAGCAAGUAUCUCGGCUGAUGUCACUUUAGGGAGUGUCCCCUAAGCUGCCAAAAAUGACCAGAUUGAGCAUACGGGAAGGGGGAAUUGUGGGUAAAAGACAUUUUGGACUUGGAAACUCAAAGGUAGUUAAACCCAAACUUCGUCCUGGACUGAGCCCACAGUGGAAAUAAAUGUCCGCCUGAAGGACGUCUGGUCAGGCAGUGCUGAAGGCGGAGACUCACUUGAGAAGGAGAACAAAUUCCAGGUCAUGACAGGACUCUCAGCGGAUGGUAAACUUCAUUCUGUUUCUCGGCUGUAGUCUGACUCCGGGACAGCCAACUCCAUCACUGAGCUGGGGCUGGGAGCCCUGUAAUUAUGAGGGAGACGACAGUUUCCUGGACCACAGGGAGCCCAGAAAUUAGUGGGAGGGGAUCCUUCAAACUGCAUAUCCAGUUGUCACCUUGAAAUCUUGAGACAGGUGAGGGUGGCCCGUUCUGACCUUCUGGGGAACGGAGUACUGACAGUGUGAAUCAUGGGAGAAUUCCUGCUCUCAGACAUUCCUAAUCCUGCCACGCAGCCAUCUCCCACAAGGGAACAGCCCAAGCAGUUUCAGAAAAACAUUUUCUGAGCAGAAUGUGGUCAGCCCCCACACUGCCCAACCAGCCCGAACAGCCCAGCUCCAGCAGUCUCUAAACCCUUACAGGCAUGGGAGCCCACCCCUGGGAGGCUUUGAGCACCUGGAACCUCACCCUGAGAACCCCCAAGGGAGACUAGCUCUCCACCUGAAGCAUGGGUGAACCAUGAAUGUCAGCCAACUUCCUUUUCGAGCCUAGCAUCUCUCCCUCGGCGAGAAGAAGUUUCCGAAUACAAUGAAGUGCCAAGCUGGCCUUUGCUAAGAGAAAUGUCUUGGGUGGUGGUCGUGAGCUUUGCUAAGGUCCCAAUAAGCAGGGAGAUUUGCACAAAGUCUUGUUUCGUUUUCUUUAACGGGAAGUCCCCCUUUCCUUUACUCGGCUAGGUUUCUGGGCUAAAAGGCAUCUUCCUCACACCCCGCUUUCUCAGGCUGUUAAUUAAUUGCAUCGUCAUUUAAGAAAUUAUGUUGUUAAUUACUGCUGUGUGCCUUCCCACCCCUGUCACAGCCUGGAGUUUUUAUGCAAUUAAAUCUCUUGUCUGUUGCC